UGUUUACAAUUCGGUAUUAUUAUUUACUACGAAUCAAAUUAAAACAUCGAGUAUGAAAUGUUUCAUAAUUAGAUAGGUACAUAUUGUUUAAAUAUUUUUCCCAAGUGAUGUGCAUUUUAAAUAAUUUCCACGAGUAGUCAUUAAAGUGUCUCAGUAAGUGGUAAAUAACGCAAACUCAUCAUGUGGGAUAUUAUGGUUUACGCAUUUUCGAUGUUCCUCACCGGGGCAUUACUGUUCUUGAUGGUGUACUCUAUUAUAACAAUAUCGGAUCUCGAAUGUGAUUACCUAAAUGCUCAAGAAUGUUGUUCUAGAUUAAAUUUUUGGGUUAAACCGAAAAUCGUCGCAGAAUCACUGUUAGUCGUUGGGUUCUUAUCGGACUUCAACUGGAGCCUAGCAUUAGUAAACAUACCACCAUUAGCAUGGUUAAUACGCGAGUAUAUGAUGAUACCCAGAGGUAAUAUGGGACUGUACGAUCCAACUGAAAUACACCACCGUGGUCAGAUACGUAAAAGCAUGAGGGGUUUCGUUAUAUUUACCGGAUGGUAUCUUCUCACGUUUUUCUUUUAUUUGUACUUUAUGAUAUUGUCCGUGUUAAAAGGCAAUCCCUUGGAGACUGAAGAUCCGUUGCACGUUGAUAAAUUCUAGUCAGACGCACACAAUUGUUGUUAUUUAUAGUACAAUUUAUAUUGUACGAUUUUCUCUGUAUUAACUUUUACUAUAAGUAAUAAGUAAGUGCUUAUCGAUACCGCAUCAUUUAAAAUUUGUGUAGUGGUGUUUGAGUUAUUUUAUUUUUAACUGUAAGUUUAGGUUCCAUAUUUAAAAUUUUAUUUUUAUCAUGUUGAAAAUGUAUACUGUGUAACUAACUAAUGUGGUAAAUUUUAGUAUUAUUAUAUUUAAAGUAUAGCUUUGAUUUCCUAAAAUAAUACAUUCUUCUAAAUCGGUAUUAUAAAACAUAAUGCAAACAGUUUAAUACAUUCGAAACUAUAGUUUUUAUUUAAUUUUCAAGGUACAGUUAAAAAAUUGAUUGUAUUAAACACAAUGUAACGUUUAAAGAGAAAAAAGUUUAAUGUGUCGGAUCAGCGCACAAAUUAUGUUAAUUGUAUUUUACUGAAAUUAGGAUAAAAUAUGUAUUUGUGAAUAAUAAUUAUUAACAACUGUA